UACAUGCAAGGCGCAACCAAGUGGAGGCUUCUGCAUCAGAGCUGGUAAAAUUUAAGUGUAGUUGAGGAAAAAAAACCAAGAGCGAAAGUUCAUUUAGCAAAGGUGAUUGUGGUGCGUUGUUUUUCUUUUGGAGGAAAGAAAUUUUCAUGUGCCGUGAAGUGUUCUGUAUUUUUACCAGCUGCGUUGACGUCAAGCGUCAAAAGGUGGUCGAUGAUUCAGUGGUGAUUUAAAGUGAGAGAGGUUACGCAAAAGUCUGAAAAACUUUGGAAAAACGCCGGUGGAAUUUCAUAUCGGUUUUAUCGGAAACAUCUACUGGGAAGUGAAUAGAUUGCUGGAUGGUUGGUGUUUGAUUGUUUUAAGUAGGUGACGAGUGAUAAUUAGGAAUAGAGAAUUAUUGUCGGUAGGCAAUAAAAGUGAUACCCAUUUCUGAUAAGGAGCUGUAAUUGCGGAACAAGAUGAAGGCGUUGACCUUGGAUGAAAUUCUGAACCUGUGUGGCAUGAUUGCUUACUGCCAAGAGAGUCCGCUGCAUUUGAAACGGGCACCCACGGAGAAGUUACGCGAUGUUUUCAACAGAUAUGCGACGCACGAGAUUAACGGAGAGCUCUUUAUGACGAGUGAAGAUUUCGUAUGGGGCUUUCUGGGACAAUCGUACAACGAGGCAUCGGUAAAGCUGCUAACCAGCAUUGCAGAUACGACCAAAGAUGGGUUGAUUUCGUUCGUCGAGUUUCAAGCCUUCGAGGGUUUGCUGUGUGCGCCGGAUGCUCUGUACAAAACCGCCUUUCAGCUGUUCGAUCGGAACGGCAACGGUUCGGUGACGUACAGUGAGUUUGUCGAUGUUUUCAAACAAACCGAUCUGCACGCUAAAAUCCCGUUCAAACUGGACGGUCCCUUCAUACAGCUCUACUUCGGCAAGGACCGACAGCGGGUGAUUAGCUAUGCGGAAUUUUCGCAGUUUCUGCACGACUUCCACGAGGAGUGUGCACUGGAAGCAUUCCGCAUGAAGGACACCUCCGGGUCCGGGUUUAUCUCGGCGUUCGAUUUUCAGGACAUUAUGAUGAACGUGAAGAAUCACCUUCUGACGACGGAAGUCAAGGAAAAUUUGAUUGCUGUAACCGAGGGACACAAAGUCAGUUUUCCAUACUUUAUGGCAUUUAACUCGUUGCUCAACAACAUGGAAUUGAUCAAGCGCAUUUAUUUGAACGCCACCGGUGGAAGUCGUACGGAGGCGAUCACCAAGGACGAGCUGCUGCAAUCGGCACAAACGAUGAGCCAAAUUACUCCGCUGGAAAUCGACAUCCUUUAUCAGCUGACGGGCGCCAUUCAUCAGACCGGGCGCAUAGUCUAUGGCGAUUUAAGCAGCAUAGCACCGGAACACUACACCAAACAUAUCACGCACCGACUGGCGGAGAUUAAAGCGGUCGAAUCGCCUGCCGAUCGGUCCCUUUUUAUUCAGCUGCUGGAGAGCACGUACCGAUUCACGCUGGGCUCGGUUGCCGGUGCUGUCGGUGCUACGGCGGUCUACCCGAUCGAUCUGGUUAAAACUCGUAUGCAGAACCAACGGACGGGGUCCUUCAUCGGGGAGGUGGCCUACCGAAACUCGUGGGAUUGCUUCAAGAAGGUUAUUCGUCACGAAGGUGUUCUAGGACUGUACCGGGGUUUGGUGCCACAACUGAUGGGUGUCGCUCCCGAGAAAGCCAUCAAGUUGACGAUGAACGAUUUCGUUCGUGACAAGCUAACCGACAAGCAAGGACAUAUCCCACGGUGGGCUGAAGUGGUGGCUGGUGGAUGCGCCGGUGCUUCGCAAGUUAUCUUCACGAAUCCCUUGGAGAUCGUCAAGAUCCGACUGCAGGUGGCCGGUGAAAUCGCUGGCGGUGCAAAGGUCCGAGCCUGGGCGGUGGUUCGUGAGUUGGGACUUUUCGGGCUGUAUAAAGGUGCCCGCGCUUGUCUGCUGCGGGAUGUGCCUUUCUCCGCCAUCUAUUUCCCCGCGUACGCACACACGAAAGCUGCCUUCGCCGACGAGCAGGGCUACAAUCACCCGCUAACGCUGCUGGCAGCCGGUGCCAUAGCGGGUAUUCCUGCCGCCUCGCUGGUCACGCCGGCUGAUGUGAUAAAAACCCGCCUGCAGGUGGUGGCUCGAACCGGACAGACCACAUACAAUGGGGUGAUAGACGCCGCUCGAAAGAUUAUGGCCGAAGAAGGACCCCGUGCCUUUUGGAAGGGAGCAGUUGCCCGUGUCUUCCGAUCGUCUCCUCAGUUCGGUGUAACGCUCGUCACCUACGAACUGCUCCAGCGGAUGCUGUACGUCGAUUUCGGUGGAUCGCGUCCCACCGGUUCGGAUGUAACGAAGGUCAAGCAAGAGCUUACCAAGGUGAAUCCGGACCACAUCGGUGGCUACCAGGCUGCGCUGCCGAUGCUGAACGGAAUCGAAACCAAGUUCGGACUUAGCUUACCGAGGUUUUCGUCGACGAUAAAACUGCCAGCAAAGUUGCAACAGCACCAGCAGGCCCAGCAGCAGCAGCAGCAGGCGUCUUGAUCGACCGAAUAGCGCCGCAGUGCUAACGAAAGGUGGAGCAAUUUCUUCUGGUAGCAGCAUGGCAGGCAGCCUCACCAUAAAACAGGUAGUGCGUGUGAGUGCGUGAGAUCGAUAGUGGAUGGCGCAAAGCGUAAGUAUUUGUACGAGUGAAGCAGCGUUUGCGGUUGUAAGCAGUAAUUAGGAAGCAAUUUAAUUUUUUCAUAGUAAUGUAUUACAAAAAAAAAAAACAAAAGGAAAAAUAAUUUAAAAAUAAUAGCAUUAUUCGUAACACCUACUUUCUGGAGGGAGCUUAACUUUUGCAUUUUAAUUAGUUUUCCAAACGAUUGAGUGAGAUUAAUUAAUCAAAUUCUGAUAGUUAUUCGUUAGAAUAACUGAUCAACACCGAGGCAAACAAUUCAACUAGGUUGCAUUUAUUUUAUUUUUGUAAAUCUGUGACUAUUGCAAUCCGUUUUAGAUAAAAUAAAAAAAAACGUCCAUCAUAGUUUGAGGAAAAAUCAAGCUUACUCGAUUUCUGUUAAACCAGUGUAAAUAUAACUACGAAUGUUGAUAAAUCAAAGAUUAAAGAUCAUGUUGAAUGAAGCACAGUUCAUUAAAACAGUUUCGGUUCCUAUUUGGUUCCAAUCAAUUGUGGUAGGUAAUACAUGCAAACAGACAUAAAAUUGCGUUAGUCUUAAUCCCUUAAGCUGUUCACUCUUCUUUGCUUAGUUUCGGAAAACACAGAGAUCUAAACCCUGCAUCAAUUUAUAAACCUAAAACUUACGUACUUCUCAUGGUGAUGUUAAAAAUGAUCGAAAACGCAGCUGAUACUGAUGUUAUAAUGAACGAAAUAAGCUAUUAUACAGCAAAAACAUGCCAUGAUAUUUGAUUGAAAGGCAUACGACUGAGUUUUAAAAGUUUGGAACUUAGCUGUAAGGUAAGGCUUCAUAGGCUCGAUAUUACGGUAUUCCGAUCUCCGAAGAGUGGAAUCAUUCGAAAAGUAAGGGUGGUAAGUCGUGAUUUAGUAGAUUUUAGACCUCAAUCCUUGACAUGCCAUGGAAAGACCAAAGCCCAGUCGAGGGUCGACGCAACUAAAUGAAGCUGAUUGGUAAAGGAUGACCCCAGAUGACCAGAAAACGCGGAAAAUACCUUCCAGUUACUCGCGAAAAGGUAAUUCUGUUCAAAUUGACAUCCAAAAAUACAACCCUACGAUUUCUCAUUACCGACGAGCACAUGCAUCUCAUAGUUUCUGUCUUCCGGCGGAUUUGAGUGAGAAAUUCUUGUAUGGAAAUUACAACACAAUUCAUGACGAACAUGUCUCCAAUGCGUUCUAUUGGGUUUUUUAAAACAUGAACAUAUCGUUAGUUAAGCUUGACCAUGAGCAAUGCGAAUCAUGCAAAAUGACAUGUUCUUCAAAAGGCAAUUAUUUGAUAAAUAUUCUAAAAUGAAAACAAGUAUAACGCAUUGAAACUAUUUACAGGUUUUACCAGUGAUGGCCAAACUGCGUUCCGCAGUUAUACAGGUUAUACCAGGAAUGGUGGACUUAUGAGUAAAUUUUUUGAUGACUCAGUUCAGUUUGAAAACUGACGUUUUCUCGCAAAGACAGAUAGCAUUUAAUAAGACCUUCGCUCUGGCAGGCAAUAGGCGGUUGGCACUCUAUCCCAGUUGUUGCCUGUGUACGGAAUGAAGCAGUAAACGGUCGCUCAUCUUGAUACGACGUAUUCAUUAUUACUACCAGCGAGUUGUUAGAGUGAUUAUAAGCAACAUGGAAAGGCUCAUUCUGUGGCUCGAUAAUUGUGUUGCCCAAAAUAAAAACUGUAACCCCUUUCUUCACUUAAUUAUUUCAUAGUUUGUCUAGUUGAAGAAAAUUUCGAAUCUAGACAUACAUUUAUGGCAAGCUUCCAUGCUGCUGUAGAAGGUGGAAUGCGUCUAGCCUUACUUAUUUACCUAUCAUAGCUUUGAAACGUUAGUCAACCGAUUUUUUUGUUAGAUUAUAGUUACCAACAGCUUGGGUCUUUCGUGACUUCUGCGGGGUUGGGAUUUGAGCCCGGGUCCUCGGCGUGAAUGCUAACCACUACGCCGGAGCUGACCCCGUUUGCCGAUUAUAUCACCUGAAUAUUGGACCUAAACUAAUUUGAUGUCGUGAAAGUGAAACGUUCGAUAAAAGUAAGCGACCACCCUUUCCUUUUGCCAGAUUUGUAUCCAUAUAUUGCUGGAAUUGAUUUUAAACUGACGUAUUUUACGUAAACAGGGUUUACGGAAUACUUAUGCAUGUGUCAUGACGCACUAAUGCUCAAAACGAGGAACUAAUGCACUAAUGUUUUGUUUUGGGCAGAGCACAUAUUUGACACUUCUGGCAAAAUUAAGUGUCUAAAAUAUAUGCGCGUAACACUCUGUCCUAAAUAGAUUAAUCAUCUUAGCGAUCGUCUUAACCGUGUUAAUAGAUUUUGAGUGUGUAAUUUGCAGCUUGGCAUUGAGUAGUUACUUGCAAUACUUUACUUUACACAAUCCGCCUGAAAUCUGCUCACAGUCUGGUUAGCUUCCCGGGAAAUCUAUUCUCUCCAUAAUUCUUUGCGGCCGGUGGUAUUAUAGGGACUAUGUAUUCUCGCCAUUUUGGAGUCGUGUCCACGCUCCUCGGUCUUGGGCUGCCACUCCCCAGUCGCCACUAACGCCCGUUCUAGCAUCCUCGUUAACAACGGUCAUCCAACGGGUACGGAGUCUGCCUGCUUGCCUGCCUGUCUAUCUGCCUAUUUACUUCACGACUCACAUCAUUGCUACAUAUCAAUAACGUUCCAAGAUGAACUAAUUCGCCAACCACCUCAAAAGUCUUACCAUCUAUUACCACUGCAGCUUCUACACCUGAAGAGUGAAGAGCUACCACCACGACAAACAUUUUUGUUGCAUAAUAGGUUAUAAAGGCCUGUUACUUGGUAAUUAGCUAUACAAUGGUUGAAUAAGCUACCAUUUAACAAAAACGUUGUUUAUGACAAGCCCUCCCAGUUGGCCUCAAGGUAUGAUGCUGGUCCAAUAAGCCAGUCGUCGUAUAUUCGAAUCUUGACUGGGUAAGGUUGUUAGAGGAAAUAGGAUUGUAGCAACUGGCCCUACAAUUGUCCUGUACUCUAAUAGCUGGCUACGAAGUCUGUCGUAACGGAAAUUAGCACCUAGGACUUACUUUGUUAUGACAAGCCCUACCUUCGCGGCUUUCUCCUUAAUAUGCGUGUACGGUUUACAUCGAUGAUAUCGAUGUCAUCCGCGAACACUGGGAGAAUCUGAGAUUUCGUGAUGAUGGUACCGCUUCUUUGCACGCCUACCCUUUGAAUAGCACGUCCCAAUGCAAUGUUGAACAGUACAUUCGAUAGUCUGUCACCUUGCUUCAAACCAGCUAACAUCACAAACGAGUCCAAUGUCUCGCCCGCUAUUCUGAUCGUUGAUUUUGAACCAUCAAGGGUAGCACUUAUCAGCCUAAUUAGUUUUAGUAGUAAGCAAGGCAAUAAACAAAUGAUAGGGUCUAUAAACUCGGUUGAGGGCUACCGCUCUCCAAUUCUUCGGAUAUCGGGUACUCUCCGCCGGAUCUUGCUCCACCUGCUCUAACAUCUUGCUCGCUGUGCUCCGGGUCGACUUGCUCCUACCGGAUUUGAGGCAAAUGCCAUCUUCGCAGAGCGGUUCUCCGGCAUUCUUGCAACAUGCUCUGCCCACCGUAUUCGUCCAGUUUUAGCCACCUUUUGGAAACUGAGUUCGCCAUAGAGCUGUGCGAGUUCAUGGCUUAUCCUCUGCCUCCAUACUCCAUUCUCCUGUAGGCCGCCUAAGAUCGUUCUUAGUACUCGUCUUUCGAAAACUGCGAGCACUCGCAGGUCCUCCUCGAGCUUUUUCCAUGUUUCAUGCCCGUAGAGCACAACAUCACCUCCAUACUCAUCGCCUUCGAUCAUUUUACUACUGUCCAAGCGGCGUCGGUUGGUCUCGGUUCCGCUAGCCAGCAUGUACUUUGUUUCAGACGUACUCUCGUGUUGAUAUUCGCUCGUUUCAUAACACCUUGUAGCGCCAUGUUGAACAGCAGGCAAGAGAGACCAUCACCAUGACCCUCUGUGUGAUUCGAAUGAACUUGACAAUCCACCCGAAAUUCGAACACAAUACUGUGUCCGAUCCAUCGAAGAUUGAAUCGGCUUGAUAAGCUUUCUUGGGAAGCUGUUCUCAUCCAUGAUUUUCCAUAGCUCUUUCCGGUCGAUGGCAUCAUAUGAGGCUUUGAAGUCAACGAACAAAUGGUGCGCGGAAACUUUGUAUUCGCGACCCUUUUGGACGAUCUGCCGCAGUGUAAAUAUUUGAUGCGUUGUAGACUGACCUUCGACGAAGCCGGCUUGGUAAGUUCCCACAAGUCUGCUCACAAUUGAUGAUAGUCGGCGGAAAAUGAUUUGGGAUAGCACUUUAUAGGCGGCAUUGAGAACGAUGAUCGCUCGAUAAUUCUCAGAGUUCAAGCUGUAGCCAUUUUUUGUAGAUCGAGUAGAUAACCCUAUCUGUCCACUCCUGCGGUAGCUGUUCCGUAUCCCAAAUUCUAACAAUAGUAACUGAACUUCGCCUAACUUUAGGGCUGGCACCUCGUCCCCGUUUGCUGCACCGUCGAAAUCGCUUUCCCCGCCGUCAUGGUUCUCCGCCUGGGCGCCAUUCAGGUGUUCAUUGAAGUGCUCCACCUAUCGGUCACUUCAAUAUCGUCCGUCAAAAUACUGUUAUUGUUAUUUUGACACAUUUCGGCUCGCGGCAGCCUUUGCGGUAUCCGUUCAGUUUCUGGUAAAACUUUUUCGUUUCCUGAGAACGAUGCAGCCGCUCCAAAUCUGCAUAUUCCUUCUCUUCCACGUAGCGCUCUUUCUCCACGUUUCGCUUCAUCUGUUUGUGUCUUUCCACGCUCUGACGUGGGGAACUGCGCAUCUUGGUAGCCCGCGUAGCAUUCUUUUCAUCUAUCGCCCUGCUAGAUUCAUCGUCAAACCAAUCAUUCCACUGAUUCCGUGGCGCAUGGCCGAUGGAGCUCGCCACUACACUGCUAAUGACAGUUUCGAAGGUGUUCCAACAGUCCUCGAAAGGGGUUUCGUCCAGCUCGUCCUCUUCAGGCAGCGCAGCGUAGUUUGCGGCGACGUCUGGCUGCUUCAGCCGCGCGUUAUCUUACUGUCGCGUCGUUGGCGUCGGUACCAAAUGUUGUUCACAACGCAGAGUUUUGGACGCAAUCCAUAGUCCUUUUUCGUCGCGUGGGUCUAUUCCGAUUGUUACAGCCCAAAUUUUCUUGUUCUUUGUUCAUUGUUUAACAGUUUUUUUUAGUGACGGCCUACAAAUCCUGCCUGCGUAAGCCUCAUUUAACUCUACUGCGAUGGAAUUCCACAGUGGUAGGACUAAUGUGGAAAAAUCUCCCAUUUGCUCAAAUUUGAGAUUCUACUAAGAUGCUUGUCUUAACUGUUUUAAUCAUGUUUUACUUCGUACAGCAAGAUAAAAAAGUGGAAGAUCUCGAAAAAGUUGCUCGUUUGGCAAGAAAUCUGUGACUGCAACUGAAGAGUGAUGUUUUUUUGCAACUUCCGGAACCAUGGAACUAGAAAAUUUAUCAAAAGAAGUGCCGCAAUACUGGUCUUGUUUUAUUUUUAGUACAGGGUGCUCCACCUUUUAACUCCACCUGUAUAACUUUCACAUUUACCAACCGAUUUCUUUCAUCAGAUAUGUUUUGGAAACGCCAUUUCAGUACUAUUUUCGCCAUGUAUCGCUUCACUCCGAAAGAACGCGCUUAGAAUACGGCCAAAAAGUCGCUCAAAUGGUUGACGCUGAGCCUAAUUUUUGUAAUACAAUUUUGAUGACUGACGAGGCCAAUUUCAACCUCUCUGGCGGUGUUAAUAAGCGAAAUUGCCGCAUUUGGGGAACGGAGAAUCCUUCACGAAAUGCCCUUGCAUGACCAGAAAAUAACUGUGUGGGUCGGGAUUUGCGCCAAAACCAUCAUUGGUCCAUAUUUUUUCAAAGAAAAUGAAACUGUCGAUGGAAAUCGAUAUCGGUGGAUGUUGGCUCAUUAUGUCUGCCCACGAAUGCGCGAAAAAGGUGUAGAAGGUUACUGGUUUCAACAGGACGGUGCACCAUGCCACACUGCGAGGCAAGCAAGGUUUAAGCCAACCAGCCACAAACUAUUGACGAGCUCAAGGCAAAUAUUCGUAUGGAAAUCGACGCUAUAACACCCGAGAUGCUCAAAAGGGUAAUGGAAAACGCGGAAAACCAAACUAAAUAAAAAUGCAUUUCUAAUAGAAAUCGGUUGUUUUUUUUUCUCAAAAGUAUUCAAUGUUUUCAUACCGACAUAAAAGGUGGAGUACCCUGUAUAGUAGCGUUGGUAGGUUGAUUGUAUUUUCUUGUCCGACUUAGCUGGUUCUCACUAGUCGACUAUUCACUAAUUCGACCACACAGCGGUACAUUGACAAUGACGUUGCUGUGAUACUUAAGGAGUGGAAUUCGACCUCCGGGGCUAAGAUUAAGAGAUCGAUUGGAAAGCGAAUUUCUUUAGAAGAUGGGUGUCAUUAUCCGGUUACUGGAGUAAAUGGAGUAGUGAAUGAUCGUUAUGUCUGUUUGCCUUUGUAGUAACUAUCCAAAAAAUAUUGCACAACACACACAGAAAGAAAAACAGUAUAGCAAUAGAUUAAAACAAAAGACCAGUUUAGGACAAACUUUUCAUAAACCAUUAAAUUAAAGUUGAAGCAACUUUACCUCACGCAUAAGCUCACGUUGCUGAUAAUGGUGUUUGCCAUGGCUAAUGAUUAUAAUUCCGAUACAUGUAGAAAUAGACAAUUUGCAUUAAAACAAUUGAAACAGGAACAAGCUGCCGUGUUUUAGGGUAACACAGUAAGACGAAUUUUCAAAUGCACUCUAAAUAGCUAGCUAUUCGUGAAGCACCUCAUUACCGUUUUUUAAGCACACAACUGUGUUCCGAUUUUUUGAAAAAGUAAUUACAUAAAACUGUCCACUUUACGCCUUCCGCCGCUUUUUCCUUCCUACCAGCACACGUUCGAUACGUUUACCAGAAAAUGAAUGCUAUAUUUAUUAAACUAAAAAAAACACAUAUAUUUAUCAACAAAAGUAGACAAGUACAAGUAUACCCAACACCUGUACUGUUUAGGGAUUCGCAACACUCUGUGGCAAAGCCACAGGCAAAGGAUAGAUGAUAUUCGAAGAUAA